AUGAAGGUUUUCCCACCAAACUCUUACCAGGAAGCCCAGGAUCUUGGAGAAGGAAAGAAGCCUUGGAAGUGUAAUGAGUGUGAGAAAGCUUUCAGUUACUACUCAGCUUUUGUUUUGCAUCAGAGAAUUCAUACAGGAGAAAAACCCUAUGAAUGUAACGAAUGUGGUAAAGCGUUUAGCCAGAGCAUACACCUUACUCUACACCAGAGAAUUCAUACCGGAGAGAAACCCUACAAAUGUCACGAAUGUGGGAAAGCCUUCAGUCACCGCUCAGCCCUUAUUCGGCAUCACAUAAUUCAUACCGGAGAGAAACCCUAUGAAUGUAAUGAAUGUGGGAAGGCCUUUAAUCAGAGUUCAUACCUCACUCAACAUCAGCGAAUUCAUACUGGAGAGAAACCUUAUGAGUGUAAUGAAUGUGGGAAGGCCUUCAGCCAAAGCACGUUCCUUACCCAGCAUCAGGUAAUUCACACUGGAGAGAAACCUUAUAAGUGUAAUGAAUGUGGCAAAGCCUUUAGUGAUCGUUCAGGUCUUAUUCAGCACCAGAGAACUCAUACUGGAGAGAGGCCUUAUGAGUGUAAUGAAUGUGGGAAGGCCUUUGGCUACUGUUCAGCCCUGACUCAGCACCAGAGAACUCACACUGGGGAGAAGCCCUAUAAAUGCAAUGACUGUGCCAAAGCCUUCAGUGACCGCUCAGCCCUUAUUCGUCAUCAGAGAACACACACUGGAGAAAAACCUUACAAGUGUAAUGAUUGUGGAAAAGCUUUUAGCCAGAGCUCAUCUCUUACAAAACAUCAGAAAACUCACACUGGAGAAAAACCCUACAAGUGUAUGGAAUGUGGAAAAGGCUUCAGCCAAAGUUCAUCCCUUUCUCAACAUCAGAAAACUCAUGCUAGAGGGAAAACCAAGAAGUAUGGACAGUCCUUCAGUGAUCAUUCAGACUUUAGCCAACAAAAGAGAAUUCAUACUGGAUAA